AUGGAGAUGACACUAAGCACAGUCAAAUUCCCUGCCUCCUGCAUAACUACCUACACAUACAGAGUACCUAAUGAAUCCGAACUUGUCCGGUCAUUGAUAGCGUCAAUCCUGACCAUCCAGCAAGCUAACCCCUUCUUCUCGAAGAUUACGAGUCAAAUCAUAUUAAACCUCUACUCAAAGACCUAUACGAUGAAACAGAUCGGUGCUCUUGGCUCUACAUACACAUUACAAAUCACCGCAACAGCCAGGAACACAGACUGGGGAUGUGCCAGUACCAUCUGUCCUGGUUGGCAUCUACUUAUGCCUGACGGAGAUUCUUCUCAUCUACACCUCAUUGAACUACCUAGUCCCCGACCUAUAUGCGCAAAUGUCCAAAUCCCCAUUAUAUGCAAUUACUUUCUCGCGCACGAUAUUUCUGGUCUGCAAGUUGCUGGAAACUGCUGCUGCUGCCAUUCUAUUUUCGAAAGAGCUGGCGCCUCUCAGGAUUCCUAUGAAUAG